AUGCUACCAAGGAAAUUGCUUUUGAGGGAACUCAUCACAUUACGAAGGUUCUCCACUCAGGCUGCAUCCUACGAUGUGAUUGUAGUUGGAGGCGGCCAUGCUGGAACUGAGGCAUGUGCAGCAGCAGCUAGAAAAGGCAAACGAACUCUUCUUGUAACCCAUAAGAAAUCAACCAUAGGUGAAAUGUCUUGUAACCCAUCAUUUGGUGGCAUUGGCAAAGGCCACUUGAUGAGGGAGGUUGAUGCACUAGACGGAGUUUGUGGGCGAAUAUGUGAUCUCUCUGGAAUUCACUAUAAGGUUCUUAAUACAAGAAAAGGUCCAGCAGUUUGGGGUCCGAGAGCGCAGAUUGAUCGGGGGCUGUACAAGAGGCACAUGCAAAAUGAAAUUUUCAACCACACGCCGAACCUGGAAAUAGUUGAAGCAUCUGUGGAGGAUCUUUUAAUUCAUGAAAAUGGUCACUGUGCUGGAGUAAUGUUGGUUAAUCUUAACAAACCUGAGUUUUUCAUUCUUAUAGAGAGUGGAGCUAAAAUAAACAGCAAAGCUGUGGUCAUCACGACUGGAACUUUUCUCAAUGGCCAGAUCAACAUUGGUCUUGAUGUGCGGCCUGCUGGUAGGAUGGGAGACCAGCCAUCUAUUGGUCUGGCAGAAACGCUCAAAAGGCUAAAUUUCAGAAUAGCUGUCCUCAAAACAGGAACACCACCACGAAUAUAUAAAAAUUCCAUAGAUUUUAGUGUCUGUGAAAUUCACAAGGCUGACAUGCCACCCAUGCCAUUUUCUUACAUCAAUAAGGAAGUUUGGAUAAAACCCGAAGACCAGGAGCUAUGCUACCUCACAGAAACUACGCCUGGAGUAGAAAAAAUUGUAAGGGAGAAUUUGCAUGUAAAUCGACAUGUGACAGAAGAAAUAACAGGUCCCAGAUACUGUCCGUCCAUCGAGUCAAAAAUUUUAAGAUUUGGAAAUCGAGCGCAUCAAAUUUGGUUGGAGCCAGAGGGUCUUGACUCGGAUCUUAUUUAUCCAGCGGGCUUGUCUUGCACUUUGCCAGAGGACCUGCAAGUCCAACUAGUUCACCAAGUCAAAGGUUUAGAAAACGCUGUGAUUGCCAGGCCAGGUUAUGGAGUUCAAUAUGAUUUUGUUGACCCUCGAGAAUUGCGACCAUCAUUGGAAACGAAGAAAAUUCCUGGACUGUACUUGGCUGGGCAAAUCAAUGGGACGACUGGAUACGAGGAAGCUGCGGCGCAAGGUAUCAUUGUAGGGAUCAACGCUGCGUUGCAAGUAGAAGGACGGGAUCCAAUGUUAGUCAGCAGAACAGAGGGCUACAUCGGAGUCCUGAUCGACGACCUGACCACCCAGGGCACCAAUGAACCUUACAGAAUGUUCACAAGCAGGGCAGAGUUCCGUGUGUACCUGAGACCUGAUAAUGCUGAUAUCAGAUUAACACAGAAAGGCUACGACGCUGGAGUUGUUUCUAAAAAGAGGCUUGAAAUUUUGCAUCAAAUUCAGAGGGAAAUGGAAUUUUGUGAAGAGGUAUUGCGAUCGACGGUCCUACCAGCGCAGAGGUGGAAACCUCUUUUAAAUUUGCAAUCCAGAAAAACUUUGGCCAAAAGUGCCUAUGACUUAAUAGCUGAUUCAAGUUCGAAGGCAACCAUUUCUCAUUUAAGACAGCUUUUGCCAAAGGAGCUGGAGUGCCUUGAUGGUACAGAGUCGGUUUGGCAAAGAGUUACAAUAGGCUCCAUUUACAAGUACUUUGAAGAAGAGCAAGCGCUGGAGAUUGAGGCCAUUAAAAAGGAGCAAGCCCUCGUCAUUCCAAGGAAUUUUGAUUACAAAACGCCCAAGCUAAAUAUUUCUAAUGAAGACCGAGAGAAACUCAUUAUUUACCAACCUCAAACGAUUGCAGCUGCAAGUAGAAUAUCUGGGGUGACACCAUCUGCUGUCUUGAACCUUAUGAACUGUGUUAAAUUUUCGACACAGACGAAUACGACAGGAGAGCUGUGUUAAUAAAAGUUAAAGAUAUCA